CGGGGGGAGGGUGGGGGAUGGCGCGGACCCCGGGGCCGGCUCCGCUGUGUCCCGGAGGCGGCAAAGCACAACUUUCCUCCGCUUCUCCCCCCGGGGCCGGGCUCCUGCUGCCGCCCCCGACGCCACCGCCGCUGCUGCUGCUGCUCUUCCCGCUGCUGCUCUUCUCCCGGCUCUGUGGUGCCUUAGCUGGACCAGUUAUUGUGGAGCCACAUGUCACAGCAGUAUGGGGAAAGAAUGUUUCGCUGAAGUGUUUAAUUGAAGGAAAUGAGACUAUAACACAAAUUUUAUGGGAGAAGAUACAUGGCAAAAGUGCACAGACUGUUGCAGUUCAUCAUCCUCAAUAUGGAUUCUCUGUUCAAGGAGAAUAUCAGGGAAGAGUCUUGUUUAAAAACUAUUCACUUAAUGAUGCAACAAUUACUCUACAUAACAUAGGAUUCUCUGAUUCUGGACAAUAUAUAUGCAAAGCUGUUACAUUCCCACUUGGAAAUGCUCAGUCCUCUACAACUGUAACUGUAUUAGUUGAACCCACUGUGAGCCUGAUAAAAGGGCCAGAUUCUUUAAUUGAUGGAGGAAAUGAAACAGUAGCAGCCAUUUGUAUCGCAGCCACUGGAAAACCAGUUGCACAUAUUGAUUGGGAAGGUGAUCUUGGCGAAAUGGAAUCCACUACGACUUCUUUUCCAAAUGAAACAGCAACAAUUGUCAGCCAAUACAAGCUUUUUCCUACCAGAUUUGCUAGAGGAAGGCGGAUUACUUGUGUUGUAAAACAUCCAGCCUUGGAAAAGGACAUCCGAUAUUCUUUCAUAUUAGACAUACAGUACGCUCCUGAGGUUUCAGUAACAGGCUAUGAUGGAAACUGGUUUGUAGGAAGAAAAGGUGUUAAUCUCAAGUGUAAUGCUGAUGCAAAUCCACCACCCUUCAAAUCUGUGUGGAGCAGGUUGGAUGGACAGUGGCCUGAUGGUUUAUUGGCUUCAGACAAUACUCUUCAUUUUGUCCAUCCACUGACUUUCAAUUAUUCUGGUGUUUAUGUCUGUAAAGUGACCAAUUCCCUUGGUCAAAGAAGUGAUCAAAAGGUCAUCUAUAUUUCAGAUCCUCCUACUACUACCACCCUUCAGCCUACAAUUCAGUGGCAUCCCUCAACUGCUGACUUCGAGGAUCUAGCAACAGAACCAAAAAAAUUGCCCUUCCCAUUGUCAACUUUGGCAACAAUUAAGGAUGACACAAUUGGCACAAUCAUUGCUAGUGUAGUGGGUGGGGCUCUCUUCAUAGUACUUGUAAGUGUUUUGGCUGGAAUAUUCUGCUAUAGGAGAAGACGGACGUUUCGUGGAGACUACUUUGCCAAGAACUACAUUCCACCAUCAGAUAUGCAAAAAGAAUCACAGAUAGAUGUUCUUCAACAAGAUGAGCUUGAUUCUUACCCAGACAGUGUAAAAAAAGAAAACAAAAAUCCAGUGAACAAUCUAAUACGGAAAGACUAUUUAGAAGAGCAUGAAAAAACGCAGUGGAACAAUGUAGAAAAUCUCAGUAGGUUUGAAAGACCAAUGGAUUAUUAUGAAGAUCUAAAAAUGGGAAUGAAGUUCGUCAGCGAUGAACAGUAUGAUGAAAAUGAAGAUGACUUAGUUUCACAUGUAGAUGGUUCCGUAAUUUCCAGGAGGGAGUGGUAUGUUUAGCAGCCACUAAAUGUGACUUAACUGUGUACAAUGUUUCAUUCAUACUAGUUGAUCAUUUUCAGAUUGUUCAUACUUUUUCUUGAGGAAUAAUAAGCUUUUCAACUUGAUUUUCAAGCUUACUUUUUAUAUUCUAAUUUGACAAAUGGAAAUGUAAAAUCUGGGUUCAGUGUAUCUGAGCUGCUUUACAGUUUUUUUUUCAAUGCUGUACUACUGUCUCAAGAUUUAAAUUUUAAUGCAGAGUACUUUAUUGGUCUGAGGCACACAGGUAAGAAGAAAUGUCAACAUUAAAUGAAUGACUUUUUUGGUACAAAAAUUAAAAAAAAAGGAAACUACCUUGGCAUUGUGUAUUAAAUGUUUACCUAAGACUAUAAUCUCAAG